AACUUCUGUUUAGUUGCGCAUACGCCCCGUGCGCCCACGGCUAAAUAUGAAAUUAAAAAUCCAUGCUGAAGUGUGAAAUGACUGGAAUGUCGGCUGUCUGCCGUCGCCUUAGCCUCCACCUCCACUUCCAAAAUCCCCAAGCUAAAGGCUCGACUUGGAGCCCGGAACCGUGCUUGGCGAGAAAUCAUUCGCCAACGAGUCGCAGAGUGGAGCAAAGGUCUCUAGCGGAAACGGAAAUCAGCAGCUAAUCGGAAUUAAAAUGAACAAAGAGUUUAUCACGCAGGGCGGCACACCCAUUACCGUCGAUUUGGCCACGGAUCUGCGCAAUCUGGUUUUCGGCACCGCCGCCAUUCCCAUGCGCGCCGAAUGGCUCCAAACGUCCUUUGUUUUUGGGGCUCCCAAGGAGGAGCUGGCCUACGGCCUCCGUUCGCCCCGGAAUGCCACCCGCGGAUUACUGUCCGUCGUCCAGGGAUUCGUCUUGAAGUAUUUGCUUUUUGCCCGAAAGACCAGUCGCGUCGCUUCCCUCACCGACCCACUCCUGGCCACCGCCGAGAUGCAACGCGAGGCACUCUUCUGCGCCCUCCUCGAGAUCCUGCGCACCAUCUCGGACAAGGGCAAGGUCACCAUGGUCCUGCCUUCGGAGGACGAGGUGUUCGUGGACCACAGCGCCUGCUACUUCCACGACUCAGUCACUGAGAAGCUCUAUGUUUUUACGAUGUCCCCCAAUGAGGAGUUGGAAUACUUUCUGAAGCGAAAUUUCAAAUACUUUACAGAGGAGGAGACCCCGGGCACCCUGCUGUUUUUAUAUAGCGCCGUCCUCACGCGAUCCAUGGGAAAAGUUCGCACGGACUUGGACUCCGCGAAAUCGGCGCCCCUGACGUCCAGUAACCACGAGGAGGGAUCUCUGAUGAUCGUCACGCUUCUGCUGACGGGCCGUGCCACGCCCUAUAUACACAAUGGUGUUGUAAAUGUGGGCGACGAGAGUAGCUAUGCGGUUCCACAGUACGGAGUCCUAAAACGCUGCAUGAUUGGACUUUUGCUCUGGGACAUCGAGUCUGCUAGUGCUGCGGUGAAUCAGUCCCGCCAGCCGGGCUCCCGGCUGAAGACGCCCAACUAUCCCAUCUGGAUAACCAGCUGCACCGGCCACUACGGCGUGAUCUUCAACAAGAAUCCGGACUUGCUGCGCAACUAUCACGCGGAGUCGCGGUUCGAUGUGAACUACUACAGCUGCUCGGGCCACCAGAUCCUGAUGACCAUCGACAAUCGCACGUACAACGAACAGGCAUUGGUCAUGUUGGAGCGGCAACCAAUCACGCCGGACAGUGCCUCGAUGUCCGGAAAGGAGGAGGGCGGCGGCGGUGUUGGGGGCGCAACGUCGCCAACCGCUUUGUCCGUUUCCAUUUCCGGUGGAGGAGGUGCUGCUGCCGGCGGCGGUGUGGGUGGCGCUAGCGGCGGUGUUGGUGGUGCUGCUAGUGGCGCUAGCGGUGGUAACGAUGUGGUCGCCAAGGAGGAGUCGACGCUCAACACGCCGUUGCAGCGUCUGAUUCAUACCAAGUGGGAAGAGGCAACUAUAAGCUUUCACGUGCAGCCAUCGAUGUUGAGUUAUCUUUUUAGUACCACGCAGUAGAAUGCAGUAAAUUGAGAUCAAGACAGAUAAAGAGUAGGAGCUCCUUUGCUAAAGUCAGACCGAUUCACAUUCAAGCGCAAGAGAUAUCAUCAAGGACAAGUUAGAUCUGCAAAAGCUUUUGGGUUUUGUUCCUUUUUCAAACACUUAGGAAAAUUCAAAAUCUAAAAACCAAAGAAUACAAAUUUAGUCUUGCACUUAACAAAAAUAAUA